GAACUGGAGCCUGUCCACAAUAAAGAAGAAGAGACUGAACUGGAGACUGUCCACAAUAAAGAGGAGACUGAACUGGAUUGUGUCCACAGUAAAGAGGAGUCUAUUAACUCGUUUAAGGAUUCAAAAAACAUAUCCCGGCCAAGGAUAUCGCAUCAAUGUAAUGUAUGUAGGAAGAGCUUCAAUCAGUCAGGACACCUAAAAAAACACCAGCGAAUUCACACUGGAGAGAAGCCAUAUCAUUGUACUGAAUGUGGGCGGAGCUUCAUUGAGUCAGGAAACCUAAAAAGACACCAGCAAAUUCACACUGGAGAGAAGCCUUAUCACUGUAUUGAAUGUGGGGAGAGCUUCAGUCAGUUAGGAAUUCUAAAAAGACACCAGCGAAUUCACACUGGAGAGAAGCCGUAUCACUGUCCUGAAUGUGGGGAGCGCUUCAGUCGAUUAGGAAACGUAAAAACACACCAGCGGAUUCACACUGGAGAGAAGCCGUAUCAUUGUACUGAAUGUGGGGAGUGCUUUAGUCGGUUAGGCAGUCUAAAAAGACACCAGCGAAUUCACACUGGAGAGAAGCUGUAUCAUUGUACAGAAUGUGGGGAGAGUUUCAGUCGGUUAGGAAUUCUGAAAACACACCAGCGAAUUCACACUGGAGAGAAGCCAUAUCAGUGUACAGAAUGUGGGGAGAGCUUCAGUCGGUUAGGAAUUCUAAAAACACACCAGCGAAUUCACACUGGAGAGAAGCUGUAUCACUGUGUUGAAUGUGGGGAGAGCUUCAUUUGGUUCGGAAGCCUAAAAAUACACCAGCAAAUUCACACUGGAGUCAGCAUACCUCCCUCCCAGUCUCUUACCUCUCCAUCCUACUUGUCUGAGUGAGUGGAGAGCUGACAGAUUCUCUCUCUCUCUUCCUACCUGUAUGUUUUCCAGUAUCUGUGUGUGUGUGUGUGUGUGUGUGUGUGUAUUA